AUGGCGGCACCGCACAGCCCGACGCUCAUGAACACCGUCCAGGGCAUGCCGGCCGUGAGGGGACAGGCGGCGGACUUCUGCUGCUCCCAGUGUGGAGUCAACUGCUAUGACCCCGUCACGACCACGGAGGCGCCUCGCGUGGUGGUCCGGCGCCACUACAACACGGUGGUCAGGAGGGUUCCGGAGAAUCACUAUGUGAAGGUCCAGAUGCCACGGCCUGCGCCCAUCAUCCACACCGUGCACGUGGUUAAGCCCAACGCUCACUACGAGUGCUUCAACGGCGGCGACUACGACCACGAAAUGUGGUCCGGCGCGCACAAGAGGUGGUGCUGCUACAAGUAUAAGGAGGGCUGCCCAAAGCAAGUGGUGGACCGCAACAUCUACCACCACGUGACCAAGAUUCAGAAGCUGCAUGUGCCGGUGCCGGUGCAGGAGCCGCGGGGUCCUCCAGUCACCAUCAACAAGGACGUGCCUUAUCCCGUAAAGGUCAUCACCGUCAAGAAGCCCUACACCGUGAAAGUUCCCGGCCACCGCCACUACGUGGACGUGCCGGUCCCUUCGCCUCCCCACAUCGUGAACAAGAUCAAGUACCAUUAUGUCACUGUGCAUGACUACAACUGCGACUCCCAUUUCGACAAGUGGUACUAUGCUUGGUCUGGCGCGAAGAAGCAAUGGUGCUGCGCGCACCAGCACCUGGGCUGCCCAGGAUCUUGGCACCAUCACCACGUGGUGACCAUUACUGGUGUGCAGCACCUCAAGCACUAUGACUGCCACGCCGGCUUGUCCAACUGGUAUCACGGCUGGUCCCACGUGAAGAAGUCCUGGUGUUGCGACCACCAUCAGCUGGGCUGCCCUGGCAUGGCGCACGGGCAGUGGCACGCUCACACUGUGGUGCACACCAUCAUGGGCCACCAUGCCGGCCAUGGCGGAUAUGACUGCGAUGCAGGCUACUCCAAUUGGGAGCACGGCUGGUCGUACCACAAGAAGACGUAUUGCUGCGAGCACGAGCACAAGGGCUGCCAGCCGUACCACUGCCACCACCACGAGGACCCGCUGCCCGCCUGGGCUGCUUGA